UAUAAAUAGUGACAUCUAGUGCAUGAUACUAUACUUACCUGCAAACCACCUCUCUCUCUCUCUCUCUCUCUCUCUGAAAGAAGCUUUGAAAAGGGAAGAAGCGGGGGGGAAAAUGGCUCUGCAGAUGAAUUCCAUAACCACAUUUAAAUUCCAGAAAUACCCUUCUUUUGCUGUCAGAUCUACCAAGUUUGUUGUGGCUUCCGUUCUACGUACCGCCUCCAAGGAGCAUGACAAUAUCAACAAGCCUCUCAUCCCUCCUCGCGAGGCUCAUCGUGUUCAAGUAACGCAUUCCAUGCCACCCCAGAAGCUCGAGAUCUUCAAAAACCUGGAGCAUUGGGCCGAGGAGAACGUCUUGGUCCACCUGAAACCGGUGGAGAAGAGCUGGCAACCCCAGGACUUUCUUCCGGCUCCUGUGAACCCCGACGAGUUCCACGAUCAGGUCGGGGAAAUAAGGGAGAGAGCAAAGGAGAUCCCGGACGACUACUUUGUCGUUCUGGUCGGAGAUAUGGUCACGGAAGAAGCGCUCCCGACUUACCAGUCGUUUGUGAAUUCGCUGGAUGGCGUCAGGGACGAAACCGGGGCGAGCCCGACUUCUUGGGCUGUGUGGAACAGGGGCUGGUCUGCCGAGGAGAACAGGCAUGGAGACCUUCUCAAUAAGUAUCUGUACCUGUGUGGGCGUGUGGACAUGAGGCAAAUUGAGAAGACGAUUCAUUACUUGAUUGGGUCAGGAAUGGACCUCCGGGCGGAGAACAACCCGUAUAUGGGAUUCAUUUACACAUCAUUCCAAGAACGAGCCACUUUCAUCUCCCACGGCAACACGGCGAGGCACGCCAAGGAGUACGGCGACAUCAAGCUGGCUCAGAUAUGCGGCACCAUCGCAGCCGACGAGAAGCGCCACGAGACCGCCUACACCAACAUCGUGGAGAAGCUGUUCGAGAUCGAUCCCGAGGGAGCCGUCCUCGCCCUCGCCGACAUGAUGAAGAAGAAGAUCACCAUGCCGGCCCACCUGAUGUACGACGGGCGCGACGAGAACCUCUUCGAGCAUUUCUCGUCCGUGGCCCAGCGGCUGGGGGUUUACACUGCCAAGGACUACGCGGAUAUACUGGAGUUCUUGGUCGGAAAGUGGAGAGUGGAGACGCUCACUGGACUUUCGGGAGAGGGGCGGAGAGCUCAGGAUUAUGUUUGUGGGUUGGCUCCGAGGAUUAGACUACUGGAGGAAAGGAAGUCUCGGAGUAGGGCUGAGGAAAAACGCGCCGUGCCGUUUAGCUGGAUCUUCGAUAGAGAGGUGAGGCUCUGAAGGUUAGUGCAGGCAGCAGGAGGAACGGAGCUUGGAUUUUAACUGUGUAAGGUAAAAAACUUGAAUAAGAUUGUAAGGUCAAAAGCUUGAAUAAGAUACUACACGUACGACGAGCUUUUCCAAUGGGAAAGUUGGCCAAGUAAUGUAUUUAUAGUGUGUGUGUCUAUAUAUAUAUAUAUAUAUAUAACGUACGACGAGCUUUUCCAUUGGGAAAGUUGGCCAAGUAAU